AUGGCGAUUCCCCCAGCGAACGGCGUCUCCUCUGGACCGAGGAAACUCAACAUCGGCGUCGUUGGCAUCGGUCGGAUGGGUCAGCGCCAUGCCCUCAAUAUUCUUCACCGCGUGCCCAGAGCCAAUCUGCUGUGCGUCUGCUCACCGGCCAAGAGCGAUCUCGAAUGGGCUGAUCAGCAUCUGAAGCCCUAUGGAGUCCAGAUCUACGCGACGUUCGAGGAAAUGAUUGAAACCCCUGGUCUGGAGGCGGUAGUCAUUGCUUCUGCGACCGCGCUGCACACCAAGCAUACCAUCGAAUCUCUCGAGAGAGGCAUCCACGUUCUUUGCGAAAAGCCCGUGACCACCGACCUAGAUGAGCUGGCUAUGGUUCUCGCAAAGGCAGAAUCGCGACCCGAUGUCAAGGUCAUGGUUGGGUUCACUAGGCGGUUCGACGAUGAUUACCAGUAUGCCCGAAAGAAGGUCGAGGCUGGUGACAUUGGAACGCCGAUAGUGAUACGUUCACAGGGCUGUGAGACCUUGGACAAGAGCGGUUUCUUUGUCCAGUACGCCAAGGUCAGCGGUGGCAUCUUUGUCGAUACCACCAUCCAUGACAUUGACUUGACUCUUUCCUUCUUCGGUGACGAUAUCCAGCCCAAGGCGCUCUGGGCGACUGGGACUGCGGCUAUGCACAAGGAGCUCGAGGAGUUCCACGACGCCGACAACGCAGUUGGCGUUGUCGAAUUCUGGGGUGGCAAGAUCGCAUACUACUAUCACUCCAGAACAGCCGUUCAUGGCUACGACAACGUCACCGAAAUCUACGGAACCAACGGCAAGUUGUCCAUAAAUGCCGUCCCACGGAAGAAUCGUGUCGAAAUUUCGGACGUUCAUGGGGUUCGCCAUGAAGCCCUUCCCAGCUGGAUUGACCGGUAUUCAGGCGCCUUUGUCACCGAACUCAACGAGUUCACGGCUGCCGUCCUGGACAACACCGAGCUUCCGAUGAAGCUCAGCACCGCUUUAACCUCUUUGCGCAUUGCCUUGGCUCUGCAGGAGAGUCUGGUCACAGGCAAGAAAAUCGAGUUCGACGAAAAAGGAAACCGAAUCACCCCCGAAAAGGCUUCGUAG